CAACCCGUGACGCCCAAACCGGCCUUUUUUUCCUUGUGGUCCAUACACAUUCUAGAAAAGAAUACCAUAAAAGAAGAACACGGUCGCUCAUAAAAGCAUAAAAAAAGCAUCGAUCCAGUUGAUUCUUUUCUCUCGAUCUCACAACCUCAAAAUCAUCGGAAGCUAAGAUCUAAGUAAUCGUUUUUGUUUGUGAGAAAUGGCGACAAAGAAGAGCGUAAGCAGUUUGAAGGAAGGAGAUCUGAAGGGGAAGAAGGUGUUUGUUAGGGCUGAUCUUAAUGUACCCUUGGAUGACAAUUUUAAGAUCACCGAUGACACACGUAUCCGCGCCGCCGUCCCUACUAUCAAAUAUUUGAUGUCCAAUGGCGCCAGAAUCAUCCUCUCUUCUCACCUGGGACGUCCAAAGGGUGUUACACCAAAAUACAGCCUGAAGCCACUUGUGCCUAGACUCUCCGAGCUCCUUGAAAUCGAGGUCAAGAUGGCAAGUGAUUGCAUAGGUCCAGAAGUUGAGAAACUGGUGGCUGAGCUCCCAGAGAGGGGUGUUUUGCUUCUUGAAAAUGUCAGAUUCUAUAAGGAGGAAGAAAAGAACGAUCCUGAAUUUGCAAAGAAGCUUGCAUCACUAGCAGACCUGUAUGUUAAUGAUGCAUUUGGCACUGCACAUAGAGCACAUGCAUCCACAGAAGGUGUCACAAAGUACUUGAAACCUUCUGUUGCUGGAUUCCUCAUGCAAAAGGAGCUUGACUACCUAGUUGGAGCUGUAUCCAAUCCCAAGAAGCCAUUUGCUGCCAUUGUUGGAGGAUCAAAGGUAUCAAGUAAAAUCGGUGUGAUCGAGUCAUUGUUAAAGAAGGUUAAUGUCCUUAUUCUUGGUGGAGGUAUGAUCUUCACUUUCUAUAAAGCUCAAGGCCUCAAAGUUGGAUCUUCACUUGUGGAAGAAGAUAAACUCGAUCUUGCAAAAUCACUUCUUGAAAAUGCCAAGGCUAAAGGGGUGUCUCUGUUACUCCCUACUGAUGUUGUAAUUGCUGACAAGUUUGCUGCAGAUGCCAACAGCAAGAUUGUUCCAGCCAAUAGUAUUCCUGAUGGCUGGAUGGGAUUAGACAUUGGUCCAGAUUCCAUUAAGUCAUUCAGUGAAACUUUGGAUACUACUCAAACUGUUAUCUGGAAUGGACCUAUGGGUGUGUUUGAGUUUGAGAAGUUUGCUGCAGGAACAGAGGCUAUUGCAAAGAAACUGGCGGAGCUUAGUGGAAAGGGGGUGACAACCAUCAUUGGAGGUGGUGAUUCGGUUGCAGCAGUGGAGAAGGCUGGGCUAGCUGACAAGAUGAGCCACAUCUCGACAGGUGGCGGUGCCAGCUUGGAGCUUCUAGAAGGAAAAACACUUCCAGGUGUGCUCGCCUUGAAUGACGCUUGAGCCCCUGUCUUUUGAUCUUGUUUUUGGUGUUUUGAACCAGGGUCAGAAAAAUGUCAUAAUGGAAACCAACUUUUGCGGUUUUUUGACGGUUUUAAGUUUAGAGUAGAAGUUAAUAAAAAGGUCAUGUGAAGGUGUGUGUGAACAUAUUGUGGCCUUUGUUUUUUUGAGUAUUCAUAUGGUUCUUGAGUUGGAAUCAUUUUCCCUUAUAUGAAUGACACGUUGUAUUGGUGAUU